GAGCGGCCGGGCGCAUGCGCGCAGCGGCCCCGCCGCCUCCGCCGCCGUCGCCCUCGUGCCGUUGCGCCGGGAGGGCGGCGAGCGGCUGCUGGGGCUGCGCAGCGUCCGGAGCCCCCGCCAGGGAGCGGCGCCGCCGCCCGGCCUCCCCGUGCCCCGUCGCCGCUGCUGCUGCUGCCGCCGCCGCUCCUCCUCCUCCUCCUCCUCCUCGCCCUCCUCCUCCCCCCGCCCCCCCCUCCUCCCGCCGUAGCGAGCGAGCGAGAUGGCGGCCGCCGGGGCUGUGGCGAAGCACGAGCAGAUCCUGGUGCUCGAUCCGCCCACCGACCUCAAAUUCAAAGGUCCCUUUACAGACGUAGUAACUACAAAUCUUAAGCUACGAAAUCCAUCAGAUAGGAAAGUAUGCUUCAAAGUGAAGACCACAGCGCCUCGUCGAUACUGUGUGAGGCCAAACAGUGGAAUUAUUGACCCAGGAUCAUCUGUAAUUGUUUCAGUAAUGCUGCAACCUUUUGACUAUGACCCAAACGAGAAGAGUAAACACAAGUUUAUGGUACAAACGAUCUAUGCACCACCAAAUAUUUCAGAUAUGGAGGCAGUGUGGAAAGAAGCAAAGCCCGAUGAGCUAAUGGACUCCAAAUUGAGAUGUGUGUUUGAAAUGCCCAACGAAAAUGAUAAACUGAAUGAUAUAGAUGCAAGCAAACCCGCUCCAGUACAGAAUGCAUCUAAGCAGGAUGGACCGAUGCCAAAACCACAUAGUGUUUCACUUAAUGAUACUGAAACAAGGAAGCUAGUGGAAGAGUGCAAAAGACUUCAGGCAGAGGUUAUGAAGCUGUCGGAAGAAAAUCGGCACCUGAGAGAUGAAGGCUUGAGGCUCAGAAAGGUAGCACACUCGGAUAAAUCUGGAUCACCCACAGCUUUGGCUCUCAGAGAUAAUGGCUCUAAUUCUCUUCCAUCACUUCUUGUUGUAAUUGCAGCCAUUUUCAUUGGAUUCUUUCUAGGGAAAUUCAUCUUGUAGAAAGAAUGAGUGAGAGAAGCAUGCAUGCAAAAUGCAGCUUCUUUUUUUUUUUUUUUUUCUUGGCCAGAAAAAAGAUUUGUUUACCUACCACUUCAUUGGUAGUAUGGCCCAAGUGACCAUUUUUGUGUACAGCAUCAUAACAGGCUUUGCCUUUAAUGAUCUCGCACGGUUAGAAAACACAAUCUAAAAAGACAAACUGUUCGGCUACUGGACAAAAUUGUACAUUAAGUCAUCAAUAGCAAGUGUCAGUUGCACAGUCAGUCCUUUAUGAAAAUUCAUAAAUAAAGAAUUGUUCUUUCUUUCUGUGGUUUUAAUAAGAGUUCAAAAAUUGUUCAGAGUCUUGUAAAUGUUAUUUUAAUAAUCCUUAAAAAUUUUAUCUGUUGCUGUUACCUCUUGAAAAAUGAUUUAUUAGAUUGCUAAUCCCACUCAUUCAGGAAUAUGACAAGAGGUAUUCUGGGGGAAAUGGUGCCUCUUACUGUGUAAAUUUUCUCCUUACAUUACUUUGCUAAUAUCAUGGCAGAAUUUCUUUCUUAUCCCUCAUGAGGCAUUGUUGAGAGUUCUUCAUCCUUACAAUCCUGUCCCAUAAUAUUUAACAUUACAAAAGAAAUAAAAUUGUUAACAGAUUUUCUGCUGGGUA